AUGACUUUGCAACUGGCGGAUCAUUCCAUCAAGAAACCUCAUGGCGUGAUUGAGGAUGUACUUGUGAAAGUGGGCAAGUUUAUAUUUCUUGUGGGCUUUGUUGUGCUCAAUUUUGAGAAGGAUCGUGAUUGCACCUUGAUCCUUGGCAGACCGUUUCUAAACAUAGGGAAAGCCUUGGUUGAUGUGAAUGAAGGAAAGCUGACCCUUCGAAUUGGUGAUGACAAAGUGGAGUUUAACAUGUCCAAGGCUAUGAAGCAUCCUAUGGAGGAAGAACUUUGCAUGAGAAUUGAUGUGAUCGAUUCAUGUGUGAAAGAAAUAUGUCAAGUUAGUGAGGUAGAACAAGAUUUUAAAGAUGUCAAUGUUCAGCACCUCAAACCAUAUGUAGUGGAUGGAGAAUUGCCUACCCCACCAACUGUGUACCUAGAUGUUCAUUGA